GACAACGACUACGACGAUGCCGACGACGACGACGACGCCGACGACGCGACGACGGGAAAAUCUCUUUGCGUUGCAGUGAAAAUUUUUUCGUACGUUUUCGUUAUUUGUUAUUUGCACGUUGACGCGUCGACAACAAGAAACGCGGUACACGGUUACGAAGUGUAAGGCGAACGCGCGUGCAACAGCAACAACAGCAACAACAACAACAGCAACAACCAGAACAACAACAACCGUUAAACGUUAACACGCGUCAGUUAUAAAAAAAAAUAAUACAAAAAAACGAAAGAAACAAACAAAAUCGCAUAUUUAUUGAUAUUCAAAACGCUUUACGCACAUCGUAUUCUAACGAUUAGCGAUUACUUUUUUAGUCACUUAACUUGCUAAAACUUAACUAAUAAAUCAUCAUAAUUGUACCUAGCAGCGAAUCACAACAACAAUUUUUAAGCUAAUCAAUUUUUGCUCUCUCACUCAACUAAACUUGCCAAAUUUUUCAAUCACAACAAAUAUUUUAUAAAACAAGUUAUUACAAAAAUGAAAAAGAAUAAUAUUAUAAUAAUAAGAAGUGCAUAAAGUCGCAAUUGAAGUGUCUUAAAAGAAAUAUAUAUAUAUAAAUGAAAUAAAGAAGAUAUAUACAUGCAAUAAAAAUGCAAAGCUUGCCAAGUUUGAAUUACCAACAAUAAAAGUAUAUUAAACAUAAUUGCAAUUGUUUAAACACACACACACACACACACACACACACACACGCAACACGCGAACAGCACAUACAUAGGCAAAAGUUUGUGAUAUUUUUAUGAUAUUAGCAAUAAAGUAUACAACGAAAAUAUAAUAAAGAAGUAAAUACAAAUAUUACAAAUAAAAAUAUUAAAUGUGUGGUGCGCUCACAAAUUAUCAACAACAAGAACAACAACAACAGAAACAACGACCAGAAGAAGAACAACAACAAUAGCAACGGGCAGCUGCCAUUUAUUGGAUAAUGCUUGGAUAAUGCUUGCCAAAGCGCCCUAAACAAACGAGAAUAUGCCAGAGGCUAUUGUAGUAGCAACAACAUCCUAACUCAACGAGCCAAAUCGCUCCCGUCAGGUCGCCCGCAAGAAUCCCUGGCCGCGCAAGGUUAGGCUACUCAAGAAUCGCCAGAAGGUUGCUAGCACGACGCCCACGCCACAAAAAGUUGACCUAAUGACGAUGGCAGAAGGCACCGACCCCAUGGGGCAUCAUCAUCACGCCGCCGGCUCGCACAAUCCCCACCAUUAUCAUCAUCAUCAUCCACACUCGCAUCAGCACCACCAUCCAGCGCAGUAUCAUCACCCCAACCAGCACUAUGCGCCCGCACAGCAGCCACCGGCAGCAGCGGCGGCCGCAGCAGCAGCCGCUGCCUCCCACUAUGCGCCCUAUGCUCAACUUCAGUAUCGGCAUCCAAUGCCUCACCAGCACUUGCCGCUGGCACUCAGUCUGCAUCAGCAGGCGGCGGCGGCGGCUGCCUCUGCAGCGGUCGCUGCCGCAGUUGCCAGCGUCGAGCAGCACAACAACAAUCAGCCGUUUGUGGCCAACAACAACAUUAUGCCAUGGAAGCAGCGCAAGCGCAAGCGUCUUUCAGCCGUGCUUGACAAGCUGCACCACAACAACAACAACAACAACAACAAUAAUAAUAAUAAUAAUAAUAAUAACAACAAUAAUAAUAACAACAAUAAUAACACCAACAACAAUAAUAAUAAUGGCGUCGCCUGCAAAACGGAGCCGAUGGACAUGGAUGAGGGAGAUAUGGAGGAAAUGGAAGGUGAUGGCGAAGAAGACAACGGCGAAGCAGCGCAAGAUGACAAGCAGCAAGACGAGGCUAACUACAUUAAGAGAGAACAGCGUGAUGCACUGACAGCAGCCAGCGAUGAGGAACAGAUCGAGGCCGAGGCGGAUCUCUCAGCGGAGGAGCUCUCGCACUCAGAUCAGGACGAUCAGGAUAGUCCGCGAAUAAGCAUGAGUCCGCUGCAGGUGGCUGCGACGCCGGCCUCUAAGCCAGCGCCAGAUAGUGCCACAGCUGCCAAGGAGAAUCCGCUUCAUGUGGACAUCAAGACUGAGCACAUGCCAAGCCCGUAUGAUCGAUACUUUCCCAUACCCUCGCCGCUGUUUGGCUACUAUCUGCAUACCAAGUAUUUGAAUGAGGUGUUCCGGCGACGCCAUGAUCUCUAUCCCUCGCCGCUGCAGCACACGCCCUCCUCCAUAGCCUCCGAGACGGAGACCUCGCCCACCAGCCAGGGCAAGACACCAAGCAGCAGCAUUAAUGGCAGCCAGCAGCAACAAUUGAUGCCCGCCGUGCUGAUGAAUGCAUCGCCGCCGCCCUCGCUGCCCUCACCACCGCGCAGUGACUCCUCUGUGACCACGGCGCAGCCCACGCGCGUCAGUCCAAAGCCAGCCAAGAAAAAGACUUCCUCGGCAUCGUCGGCCGGCGAGAAGCCCAUGCCGCCACCGCAGGAACGUCCGUUGGAUCUCUGCAUGCGUAGCGAUAUGCUCGGCGAGCCGAAAAAGUAUAAGUCGGGGUCGCCGCCGUUGCAUGCCAGUGCUGCGGCCAUGAUGCCACCGCCGAGCGCCUCAAUGAGUGCCGCCAGCAGUCUGGAAAGCAUGAAUGCAUUAUCGCCGGCAUCCAGCACGCACUCGAGCACUUCGAUGACCAGCAGCACGCCCACCUCGACCCUGGCCCAGCCCGCUGCUAUGUCUCCGUAUGCCAUGACGGCAGCAGCGGCGCACGCAGCGGCAGCUGCUGCAGCAGCAGCCAUGAUCAAAAUGGAGAUGCCCAUGCAUCCACUGCACUCACAUGUGCCCACCACAACAGUGGGCGUGCCGGUGAUUAAGGGUGAUGUGGCUUCACCCACCACAAAAGAGACGGUGGCCUGGCGCUAUAAUCUGGACGUGUCGCCGGUGGUGGAGGAAAUGCCACCCGGCUCGGAUGUGGCCUAUGUUUGCCCGACAUGUGGUCAAAUGUUUUCGCUGCACGAUCGGCUGGCCAAGCACAUGGCAUCACGCCAUAAGUCGCGCAAUCCCGCCAACGACAUAACCAAAGCCUAUUCCUGCGACGUAUGCCAUCGCUCGUUUGCCCGCUCCGAUAUGCUCACCCGACACAUGCGCCUGCAUACUGGAGUCAAGCCGUACACCUGCAAGGUGUGCGGUCAGGUCUUCUCGCGCUCCGACCACUUGUCUACGCACCAGCGCACCCAUACCGGCGAGAAGCCGUACAAAUGCCCUCAGUGUCCGUAUGCUGCUUGCCGUCGCGACAUGAUCACCCGCCACAUGCGCACCCACACACGCUACGAAUCGCGUGGAGCUGGCGGUGCAGGUGGCGGUGGUGGUGGUGGCGGCGGUGGUGGUGGUCGAGGUGGCGAGGAGCCAAAGUCACCAAUGCCGCUGAUAGACAUGAAGAUGAACAUGAAUCUGCCAAUGCUGCUGCAGCAGGAGGAACUGCUGCAAAAAUCGCCGCUCGGCCUGGGCGGACCCAUGCCGAUUGUGGUAAAGACGGAGAGCGCCUAACGGUACCUCUACGCGGCCGCGGCCAGACAGUUCAUGACCUUUUAGAAGCGCCACUAGAGUAGGGCCUUUGGUAAGCCCCCAGCUUAGUGCCCGUUGAGUCCAUAGAUCAGUUGUAGUUUAGCUGCCCGCAACUCUGGAAAUCUCUCUGCGAAGACUGAGAACCUAAAUACUACCUACUGUUAAAGGCUUAGGUUUAUACAUAUACAUACAUAUAAUUUUAACUUUAAAAAAAUCUAUUUUAAUUUGUACUCAAGCAUCUAGCACGCACACACACACACACACACACUGAGACAAAUACACGCGGAGUUAACUCAGACCACCACCCAACGUAUUAGCGUUUUAAUUAGUUGUAGGGCAACGAGAGCCGUACCACCCCCAAUGGAGGGAGACAGGCUUAGUUGGUAUUCGUAGUAUUGUAUUUUUGGACAACGUAUUGUUGUAGACAACGUUCAGAUACAGCUAGCAAUUCCAUGUUCCACAAUUUAGUUUAUAAUUCCGUCAUAUUGAAUACUUUUAUACAUGUGUAUGUACGCGCAUGUAUGUGGUCAGCUAGAGAUUAGUUUGUUAGUUAGUUCGUUAAUUAGUUAGGUAGAGGUCAAAGAUCGGCCUCUGGGCAUUUUUGAACAACAUUGAAAUUAUUAGGUUAGGCAUGCAAGCAUCUAGGCUAUAUUUUGCUAUAUUUAAUGUAUGUAUUUAGUAAUUGAAAGCAAAGCGGACAAACCAUAAACAAACAGUAGAGUUAAUUAUACUUUAAUUUAAAAUUAACAUUAAUUUACGCUAACUUAUUUUAGUUUAUUAAACUCUGCUGCAUUGCGCAUUUAGUUUUUAACGUUCUAGCGCUUAAAAGACAACAAUUUGUAUUAAUUUAAUUAUAAUUUUACAAUUUUACACACAGAAAAAGACAAAGAAUUCUCCCUAGGGCACAAAAACAAAAACAUUUCGAUUUCGUACGUGAAGCGAUUGUGAAGCUAAAUUUACUAAUUAUUCCUUCUUUUUUUGUUUAACAAAAAUCCCUUUUUAUAAAAAUGUAU